AUGGUAUUAAAUACUUUCGAUUUUAUAAAGGAUUACGUUAUAAAGGAUUACGUUAUCCAAUUAAAAGUAUAACUGUAAUACUAUCUCUAAUCAAAUUAUGUAGUUUUCCUUUUUUAGUUGGAUUUUAUUCCAAAGAAUUAAUAAUUGAAAGAUAUAUAUUUAAUAAAAUUAAUAUCAUUAGAUUAUUAUUUUAAUAUUAAGAACAAUAAUACUGUAUCAUAGUCAAUUCGAAUUAUUUAUAAUUUAAUAUUCAAAAAUUUAAAAUUGAAUUUAAUUUUUAAAUUUGAAAGAAAAUGUACAAAUAUAAACAUAAUUUUUAUGUUAAUAAUCAUACUAUUUUUAAGAAAAAUUACAUUUAAUUUAAAAUUCUUAUUACUUAAUUAUAACUCAUACAAAGUAUAUAAAUAUUUUAUAACAAAAAUAUUUGUUUUAAUAUAUUUAAUAAAUUUAAUUUUUAUAAAAUUAUAUUUAAAAUUGAUUUUAGUUUUUUUAAAAGUCUAUAUUUACAUAAUUAAUAUACAUAAACAUCUAUUAUUUUAAUUUAUCAAAUAAAUAUGAAAUUUUAUAUAAAAACAUAUUUAAUGAAAUUAUACUUUCAAAUUUUUUAUUAUUAUUAUAAAUAUUUAACCAAAAAUUUUGGAUAGUAAUUAAUAUUCCAUUAUAUUCAUUAAUACUAGUAUAUAUAUUUAAUAUUAAUUUUUUUGAAUAUUAAAUAUUUAAAUAGAUUAUAUUAGAGCAUAAUAUCGAAAAUAUUAGUGAAAUUAAAAAUUUUUAA